AUGGCACCGGCGCUGGCAGAGGGCUCGGUGGUCCCGGCUGCUGCGGUGGCCUGCGGUGCUGGCCUGGUGCUGCUGCUCCUGCUCCUCCUCUGCUCCUUCUUCCACAGGGAGAACCGGAGGUUUUCCACCCAGACAAUGAGAACGACCCCCGGGCUGGUGCGAGGGACAUGUGGGGCUGCACCCCCGCACCCCCCGGCUGGGGUCACGGCUGCACCCCUGCACCCCCCCCCCCCCCGGCCGGGGUCACGGCUGCCAAAAUGGAGGAAAUUAGUGAAGCUCGUUAGCGGCACCCCCUCUCCCGGUGAGCCCCGGCAGCAGGCGGAUGGCCCCGCGGUGCCGGAGGACCCUGGGCUGCACGUGCCGGGCUGGACACCCCAUUCCCACGCGCUCUCUGGACCAACCCCAAAGACCCCCGAGUUUCUGCGGCACCGGCAGCUGCCAGUUCUGCCUGGGGAUGCCGGCACACCCGCAGCGGACUGUGUGCCGGAUGCCGAGGGAACCAUCUACGAAAGCAUCCGGUACAAAUCCAGGACAAUGAAACACCCCCGGGAUGCCGGCAGCGCCCCAGAGGACUCCCCAUCCCUGCCUGCCGGUGACAAACUGAGCAUCCCGGUGCCGGAGGUCAUCAUCCGGGAGGAGCCGGGCAGCGAGGGGAGCCCCGUCCCCGUGUACGCCCGGGUGUGCAAGCCACCUCGGGUGCCGCAGCCCUGGCAGCCUGCCAGCCCCCCUGAAGCCCAAGAAGAAACACCGCCAAUGCUGCCAGAAAAGCAUUUCGAUGUGGCAUAGGAUGCCCCGGAGAUGUUUCGGAGCUGCCUUGAACCUGGCCGGUUCGUGCAAGUUUGAUGGAGGGUUUUCCCGGCUGCAGGCAGGAGCGUGGGCAGGCACGGGCAGCGGCCCUGGAGAGCUGCCUGCUCCCUUCCCAGCUCUAAAAUAAAGUGUAGGUGGCCCAGGUUAUCCCCCGGCACCCGGCACAAGGGUCCCCAAGUGUCCCUCUGGGCUGUCCCCGUCGCUGGGGAGCCCUGCGUGGAGUGAGUGGUGGGGUGAUCCCCACAUGGAGUUGGCCGAAGAAAAAUGGCAGAAGAAAAACGUGUGAUUAUUUUUUGGAGACACUCCAAAAAAAAAAAAUCCAAAAAAAUACUUCCACGCAUUAUCCAGCUUGGAUCUCCUGGGAAAAAAAAUCACCUGUAACAUGGUCUUGCUUCCCUGGAGCAAGAGGUUAUGGCUGGGGAGCUAUGUAAAUAGUCCUUAAUUGCUAUUUUAAUCAUUUUUAAUGUGUGUGC